UGGAGAUCAAAGGAGCCGCGCUUUGUAGCGAAGAAGAGGGAGGGGUGAGAAAGAAAGGGUUAGGGGGGGAGAGAGAGAGAGGGGGGGGGGGGAGAGAGAGAGUGUCAUUGACAAGACUCCACUGGUGAAAUAAACACGCUCCUCCACGGCUCGCCUUUGCGCACAUUUUCGCUCCCUUUCCCCCCCCCCACCCCUUCCCUGUUAUCGGACCUUCGGACACGGACUGUUCGGACUCGGGUUCGAAAUUAUGUUCGGAUCGGCGCCGCGGAUCCAGCCGGCGAGGGCAUGACGACGACGCCGACCGCGAGGAGGAGGAGGAGGAGGAGGAUGAUGACCACCGUGCUGCGGGGCGGCUCGGAUCGGGACCCCGGCGGAGGAGGCGGCGGCGGCGGCGGUGGCGGCGGCGGUGGAGGUGGAGGCGGCGCCGUCCUGCCGCUGCUGGCCGUGGUGGCCGCGUCCCUCCUGGGCGCCGCGCUGGGCAAGGAUACGGCCUUUGUGGAGGUGGUCCUGUUCGAGUCCAGUCCCAGCGGGGAUUACACCACGUACACCACGGGCUUGCAGGGACGCUUCUCCAGAGCCGGAGCCACCAUCAGCGCGGAGGGGGAGAUCGUCCAAAUGCAUCCUUUGGGUUUAUGUAACAACAACGACGAGGAGGACCUCUACGAGUACGGCUGGGUCGGAGUGGUCAAGCUGGAGCAGCCCGAGCUGGACCCCAAUUGUCUGACGGUGCUGGGAAAGGCCAAGCGAGCUGUGCAGCGAGGAGCCACCGCCGUCAUCUUUGAUGUGUCGGAAAACCCGGACGCCAUCGACAAGCUCAAUCAGGUGGCCGAUGAUCCGCUGAAGCGACCGGUGGUCUACGUGAAAGGAAACGACGCCGUCAAGUUGAUGAACAUCGUCAACAAGCAGAAAGUGGCUCGUGCGAGGAUACAACACCGCCCGCCCAGGCAGCCCACAGAAUACUUCGACAUGGGCAUCUUCUUGGCGUUCUUCGUGGUCGUGUCGCUGGUUUGCCUCAUUCUGCUCAUCAAGAUCAAGCUGAAGCAGAGGAGGAGUCAGAGCUCCAUGAACAGGAUGGCGGUGCAGGCGCUGGAGAAGAUGGACACGCACAAGUUCAAGGCCAAAGGGAAAGGCCAACGCGAGAGCAGCUGUGGGCCGACCGACUCGCUGAGCAGCAGCUCCACGUCCGACUGCGCCAUCUGUCUGGAAAAGUACAUUGAUGGCGAGGAGCUGCGGGUCAUCCCCUGUGCUCACAGGUUCCAUAAGAAAUGUGUGGACCCUUGGCUGCUGCAGCACCACACCUGCCCCCACUGCAGGCACAACAUCAUCGAGCAAAAGAAGGGAAAUUCCGGCCCCUUCUGCAUGGACACGGGUAACCCAGUCCACGGGCGCCAGCAAAGGGUGGUCCUGCCAGUCCACUAUCCCGGUAGAGUCCACCGCGCCGGCCAGGUGACCGCCUACCCGACGAGGACCAGCAUGGACCCCCACGGCAACGCCGUCACGGUACUCACGGUGGACCAGCACCCGGAUCCUCAGGGCCUGUACCCGCCCCAGUCGGCGUCUUCCUUCCUGCGGAGCUACCACCCCGCGCUCCACAUGGACCACUCCCUCGGCCCCCACCACUGCGGACUGGAGCACCGGGGGCCCCCCGCCUACCAAGCCCCGCCGCACCACGCCGCCAUCAAACGGCCCAAGUUUGCCGGCCGCAACUUCUCGCGGGCGGCGUGCUUCUCGCAGUACGAGACAAUGUACCAGCACUACUACUUUCAGGGCUUGACUUUCCCCCAGCAGCCCGAGGGCGGCGCGGCGCCGGCGGGCCCGGGCGGGGCUCACAAGGGCCACCACGGCAGGGCCUUCCAGCAGGGACUGUUGUACCCCACCGUGGUGCACGUGGCGCCGGCCUCCUCCUCCAGGAUAGGGGAGGGCGGGAGCGUGUCUGGCCUGAGCUGCUACCACGGCCACCGCUCGGUGUGCAGCGGCUAUCUCGGCGACUGCCCGGGCAGCGACAGCAGCAGCAGCAGCUCAGGCCAGUGCCACUGCUCCUCCAGCGACUCCAUGUUGGACUGCACUGAGGUCAGCAAUCAGGGAGUUUACGGCAGCUGCUCCACCUUCCGCAGCUCGCUGAGCAGCGACUACGACCCGUACGUCUACCGGAGCAAGAGCCCUUACAGGGGCUCCACGGGGGAGGUGGCCCCUUCGGCGGAGUCGUCCGGACCCUCAGGACACGACUGCCUCCAGCUCCCUGCGGGGGACCACCUCUCCAACUGCAGCAGUCGAUCGUCACUGGAACCCAGGGAGAACAGCAGCACUUGUGCUACCUCAGGCGCCGCUUCGGAGGCCGGCGGGACAGACCGCCGGGCGAAGGCGGCCCACGAGGACGCGGCGGAGCCGGCGGCGUGCGGCUGCUGCCCCGAAGCGCUUCCUCACAACGCGGACCAAGCGGGACGCUGUCACAGGGGGAUUGACUUUCAUAGCGCCGCCUCCAAGAACUACUUUCCCUCCGAGCACUCGUGCGCCCCCUCAGAGCCCAUAAGCUACGACGGACUGCCCCGCUGUUUUUACAAAGAGAUGAAGGUGCACCGGGCCGCCGCGGGGCGCUACGCGGAGGACUACGCCGUCACCGUACAGUACGCCGACUCGGAGGCGGGCUCGGCUCAGGUCUGCUGCGAACUCAACCAGAGGAUACCCAUAAUUCCCGAGGACACCGACUGCGAAAUGGGCGAGGAGACGCAUCGCAGCAGCUUGCUGCGCGCCGGCGUCACGCCGCCGGAGACGGAAGCGCACGCGGAGCCCGGCGAGGACUUCUUCACCUCGUCGCAGUCGAGCAGGCAGGCGGAGGAGACCCGAGCGUUGUUUCGCCCGCAACUCUCCAGUACUGAGGGCGGGGUUGGCGUUUAAAAAGCGCAGCAGUCAUUCAAACCUUCAGUUGCCUUUGCUCUCUUGAAUGUUGUCACCACAGGAAUGUGUCGCCGCUCGCCCUCAUUCCUGCGGCCGCACACGCCGCUCUUUCAAUUAGAAACCAGCAGGCCCCACUUUUCGUAAUUGGCGCCGUCACGCGCAGGAUCACUCACUGCCUAUAACGCCUGGCCUAGAUGGUACCGCCAUGGCAGGGAACCUUUCUGCUGCUCAUGUUACUCAAGACCCACAAACGCGUCCUCGCCACCAAGCGCUAAUGUUCCGUUCGGUUCCUACCUACGCAUUGUUCCCGGUUUUUUCAUUUCCCACCCGACCUCAGACUUCUCUGCUUGUCGCGGUGGUACCAUAUGAGUUGGGAAAUUGUGUUAGAUGUAAAUAUAAACGGAAUACAAUGAUUUGCAAAUCCUUUUCAAGCCAUAUUCAGUUGAAUGCACUACAAAGACAACAUAUUUGAUGUUCAAACUCAAAAACUUUAUUUUUUUUCCGCAAAUAAUAAUGAACUUUGAAUUUCAUGGCUGCAACACGUGCCAAAGUAGUUGGGAAAGGGCAUGUUCACCACUGUGUUACAUGGCCUUUCCUUUUAACAACACUCAGUAAAGGUUUGGGAACUGAGGAGACACAUUUUUGAAGCUUCUCAGGUGGAAUUCUUUCCCAUUCUUGCUUGAUGUACAGCUUAAGUUGUUCAACAGUCCGGGGGUCUCCCUUCUGCUAUUUUAGGUGCCACACAUUUUCAAUGUCUGGACUACAGGCAGGCCAGUCUAGUACCCGCACUCUUUUACUAUGAAGCCACGUUGAUGUAACACGUGGCUUGGCAUUGUCUUGCUGAAAUAAGCAGGGGCGUCCAUUAUGUUGCUCCAAAACCUGUAUGUACCUUUCAGCAUUAAUGGCGCCUUCACAGAUGUGUAAGUUACCCAUGUCUUGGGCACUAAUACACCCCCAUACCAUCACACAUGCUGCCUUUUACACUUUGCGCCUAGAACAAUCCGGGUGGUUCUUUUCCUCUUUGGUCCGGAGGACACGACGUCCACAGUUUCCAAAAACAAUUUGAAAUGUGGACUCGUCAGACCACAGAACACUUUUCCACUUUGUAUCAGUCCAUCUUAGAUGAGCUCAGGCCCAGCCAAGCCGAUGGCGUUUCUGGGUGUUGUUGAUAAACGGUUUUUCGCCUUGCAUAGGAGAGUUUUAACUUGCACUUACAGAUGUAGCGACCAACUGUAGUUACUGACAGUGUGUUUCUGAGCCCAUGUGGCGAUAUCCUUUACACACCGAUGUGGCUUGUUGAUGCAGUACAGCCUGAGGGAUGGAAGGUCACGGCCUUAGCUGUGAUUUCUUCAGAUUCUCUGAACCCUUUGAUGAUAUUACGGAGCGUAGAUGGUGAAAUCCCUAAAUUCCUUGCAAUAGCUGCUUGAGAAAGGUUGUUCUUAAACCGUUCAACAAUUUGCUCAGGCAUUUGUUGACAAAGUGGUGACCCUCGCCCCAUCCUUGUUUGUGAAUGACUGAGCAUUUCAUGGAAUCUACUUGUAUACCCAAUCAUGGCACCCACCUGUUCCCAAUUAGCCUGCACACCUGUGGGAUGUUCCAAAUAAGUGUUUGAUGAGCAUUCCUCAACUUGAUCAGUAUUUAUUGCCAACUUUGUCACGUGUUGCUGCCAUCAAAUUAUAAAGUUAAUGAUUAUUUGCACACAAAAAAAAUGUUUAUCAGUUUGAACAUCAAAUAUGUUGUCUUGGUAACAUAUUUAAUUAAAUAUGGGUUGAACAUGAUUUGCAAAUCAUUGUAUUCCGUUUAUAUUUACAUCUAACACAAUUUCCCAACUCAUAUGGAAACGGGGUUUGUACUUUACAACGUUAGCAUGAUCACAAGUUGUUCACCAACUGCACGGCAAACGUAAGAAGUCAGACGUUAGGAUGUUAGUUUUUUUUAGCUGAGGGCGGACGAGUUUCAAACAUCGGUACGAUACAGGUGGCGCUCGCUUCACAGCUGCUUGCCCUCAAAAAGGUUCAUGUCCGACCCGAGGCGUCACACCUUUCCGUGAAAUUAAGUCAAAUUUUAACCAUUUCUUUGACUUUUUGCCAGUGCUCCAGUUGGACUUUUAGAAGGUCCAACUUGAACUGUCUGACAAUUUGCUUUAAGAUGUGUAGCGAAGCCCGCUGCCCCUGUGAAGGUUCAAUUCUGACUUGAACAGUUUACAGUUGGCUUAAUUCUAAGAUGCGCACCAAGCCUGAUUUCCCCCUUGCAGGUUAAAUACUGACUUCAACAACCUCAUUCCUUCCACAGAACUGUAGCGGAUUUUAUUUUAAGGAAUGUAGCGAAGCCUGAUUCCACCCUUGAAAAUGUUAUUCCGAUUUGAACUGUCCCACAGUUGCAUUUACUUUAAGAAGGGUAGCAAAGCCUUACUUCACCUUGGAAGGUAAAACUUUUGACAUGAACUGUCUGACAGUUUGAUUUUUUUUUUUAGAUGCGUAGUGAAGCCUGAUUUUCCCCUGGAAAUUGAAAUUCCGACUUAAACUGUCGGACAGGUAGCUUUGUUUUAAGAUGUGUAGCGAAGACUAACUCCCCCCCGGAAAGCUAAAUUCCAACUUAAACUGGCCGACAUUUGGCUUUAUUUUAAGAAGUGUAGCAAAGCCUAAUUUUCUCCUGGAAGGGAAAAUUUUUCACAUAAACAGUCCUACAGCUGGCUUUAUUUUAAGAUGCGUAGCGAA